GCGAUGAGCACAGAACGACUGGUAAGUGCCAAGUGGUAACGGUUGUGAAUCGGAGCCGGGCGGUCGCCAGCGCAACAGUCGUCAGUCACCAUCACCAACCUAUAGUAGAGUUCGCGCUCGCGAAAGGAACGAACGUAACCGCGUCAAUUUCCGCGUGUAUAAUUUCGAGUGUAGCUGCAACGAACAAAUUAACCUACGAUAGUUUGGAAUAGCGUAAUGGAAGUAGCGGCAAGUCAAUGGCGGCGGGAAUGGGCAGGAAAAGCUGAAUACGGGAAGGUAACGGAAGGAGGAGUAACGCGGAACAUAGCUCGAGCGAUGGAGGUGCUCCACGCCAGCGCGCCUGGAGCCAAGGUCCGGGUGAUGAGGGCAGCAUACCACUCGUCCGCCGGUCCUGGAGCGCCCAGCUCUACUUUUAUGCUUCACUCGAGUAGACAGGUUUUAUCAUCUGGCUACAACUUCUCUGAGCCCUUGUCGUUACCAUCAAAACCUUUGGAAGUUUCAUCUGCACCACUGGAAUCAUCUCCAGAAGUUGACAACGAGAGAAUUAAGUACAAAGUAACAGAACCAGACGACUUAGACAUUUCGGAGCCUUCUAAAUGGAGGGGUUCCACUGGAACAACUUCUAUAAGAUUACCGAGCGAAGAAUCCUCGUCAACCACAGAAAAUAUGAGCAUAAUUGAUCUUGAUUCACGGAAUAGCAGUCGAAAUACAAACUCUAGGCAUAAUCAAGAACAAAGCGACAGUUCUCCCAGUAACGCAGAUACACGAAGCCAUAUUUCAUCGUUACUCGAUGCUCCUGUAUCUCUCAGUACCUUAAAAUAUACUUCACUGUUAUACGGCAGUGACGAAUGGAACAACAGACGAAAAAGUUACAGCUUCGAAGAUACAAGUCCAUUAAAUAAAAGUAAUAUUCGUUAUAAUAAUUCCAAUUUGUUGGACUCAUCCACUGACAGCGGUAUUUGUAAAUCAACUGAAAUUAUAAGCGACCACAAUAUGAACACAGACAAUACGACGAAGCGACGCGAAAGUAAAGAAAGGUUAUCCGAUUUGCCAGAAGAGUCAUUUCAGGAUUGGUUGAAUAAAAACAGAAAAGCUUCGCUGAAAACAACACGUACUAGUCCGUUACAUGAGUUUCGAACACCUGAUAAUUUAACAAAUGAAAGUAAUGUUUCCGUUCAGUCGAAAGGGAAAAUGACUAUAACACUGCCAGUUAUGAUCGAAAGUGAUGACUCAAAUACGAAGCCUAUAUUAAACGAUGAUAAUGGUGAUAGAAGAACUAAGAAGGUUGAAUUCUGUAAAACUGAGCUACAUUUUGCAGCAGAAUCUGGAACGGUGAACAUUAUUGCCACCGACGAAAAGCCUCCUCCUUCAUAUGACUUCAGGAAAAAACGGAGUGCGUUUGUUCCCUUGAAUAAUGUUACUGAUAAACAUAUAACACUAUUUGGUGAUAAACACAAAGUACUAGAACCAAGAUUUGUUACCGAAAAGAAUGAGCACGACGUUCAUGAUAGCGACGAGAAUACAGCAGCUACAAAAAGUAUUCUCAAGAAUAAAAUACCUAAACCCAAACCAUAUCUUUUAGGAGAAAAUAUGGAACUUGGGAGCAUAAGCGGUUUUCUGGACAAUUACACAGUUAACAGUGCAAGCUCAAUUGCUUCUAUUAAUAGACUGUUAAACCCAGAUAAUGUUGCGAAUACAAGCAGCAUUAAUGAAAGAAAAUACAAUUCUAGUUAUAUCAAAAAUACCUCAAGGACGUUCGAUACAGGUCCUGAAAAGAAAGAAGAGCCGCCUUAUACCACAUUUAAGUACGAUUUAUCGCAGAAAGGCGUAAGAAACACUAUAAAAUCGGAUUCUUUAGAUGAGACUCAUGGAUUAGGAAAAUCGAAGAGUCGUAAUCUGCGAGUGAGCGACUUGACAUAUUUCGGGAUUGAAAGUGAUGAUGGUGAAAAAGUUAGUAAAAAUAUUAACAACGGCUUCGAACGGUUACACUCACUAGACAACUUACAAGAAGAAAUAUUACAUUCAGUAAAGCUUGUGCAGAAAAUAUCCAACAGUAGUUGUAAUAGCGAGGCAGAUUCUGAAGAUAUGCAAGAAUAUCAAAAUAUUUCAAACUUUAGACCCACGCCUCCUAAACCAAAGCCUAGAACUAAAUAUAUAGAUACAUUUAAAAGCGAAACUGAUGCAAGAGUAUUGAAGCCAAUAACAGAAAAAGUGACAGAUCUGCCGAUAAAUCACCGAAGGUCAAGAUUAAAGCAAAAUGAAAAAACAGGCUCGCUAAGUAAUCGAAGUAUAUCCGAACCACCACAUAAAGAUAUUAGCAACACAAAAUCCAAAAUCAGGACAGAAAUUUCACCCCGCAGAAGUAAGGACACAAAGUCAGCAAACCGAAAACUAUCACCCAUAGUACAAGAUAAACAAAAAUAUUCUAGUAAAUCACCCACACCAACUUACGAGAAUGUGUAUAUUAAUAUCGAACCACGCAAAAGCAAUACAAUAAAAAUGAAAGAAAACAAAAGAGUGGAAGCACAGGAAAUGACUAAAAAUACUUCUGAUAUCGAAAAAGUUGUCAGAAGUCAAAUGAAAGAAAAAAAUAGCACGGUAAAGGAACGACGAAUUGCUGUAAACGAUUCGAUAAAAGACACUGCACAGCACACACCCCGAAAACCAAAAAGAACUGAAAAAUUGGUGACACCAGAGCUUACAAUUAAGUCUGAGAGAAUGUUAUUGACUACUAAGGAUCAGAGAAAAUCAUCAAGUUCUUCUUCAAGUCCGUUAAAUCGCAAAUCAAAUGACGGAACGUUGGUACGAAAAGAUAAGAAAUUAACCCCUUUAAAAGGCAAUGACAAUAAUAUAAAGCUUCCGAAAUCAGAAAAGCCAAAAAGUAUUACCAUUCCGGCAGCUCCGAUAAAAGAAAGCACUUAUCCAUCAUCUCUACGAAAUAAAAGUCCGACGAAAAUUAAGGGUAAAACUGAUUCUGUUAUCAUUAAUAAGAUCAAAAUUGAAGAACCUAAGUCUCAACGUUCUAGAAAAAGCAAAUACGUCAUUAAUUACGAUGAUAAGAAUGGCACCGUGACAUCUGUUUGUAAAAUAAAAUCGAAUCAAGACUCGUUAGAGAGAAAAUAUACACCAACACCUGUCAAACAUUCUUUGACACAUAAUACAAAAAGUACAAACAAAAAUUUCAUUCGUAAGUAGUCAGUUUCGGAAUCAAGAACAACAGUGGAUUUUCAGUAAGAAAAAACAUACAUCAAACAGCAAAGGAAAAAUGCAUAGUUUGCAUAAAUCUUGCCAAUUACUGUAGAUCAUUUUGCUUAUGAGAACAAAAGAAACAGAGGGUAAUUGUAUAACUAAAUCGGGUAAAAUUGAAACGGGAGAUGAUAUAUGUAUCUAAUAAUAAUUAAUAAUGAUCUCAUAUAUAACAAUGCAGCAUGAAAAACGAAUUUAACUUAUACUAACUUUGAAACAAAUAAAUAAUACUUGCUUUACAACUUU